AUGGGUCUGUCGAACAGAGCAAUCAUCAUUGACGGAAAGAACCACCUUCUUGGUCGUUUGGCCUCGAUUGUGGCCAAAAAACUCCUCCAGGGAGAGAAGGUCGUCAUCGUCAGAGCUGAAGAGAUUACCAUCUCCGGAAACUUCCACCGAUCCAAGCUGAAGUACAUGAGCUUCCUUCGCAAGCGUUGUAACAUCAAUCCAGCCCGUGGAGCCUUCCAUUACCGUGCUCCAGGAAAGAUCUUCUGGCGUACCGUCAGAGGAAUGCUUCCACACAAGACCAUCCGCGGAAACGAGGCUCUCAAGAACCUCCGCGCCUACGAGGGAGUCCCAGCCAAAUACCAAAAAACCAAGACCCUCAACGCCCCAUCUGCCAGCAGAUUCCGUCUCCAACCAAGAAGGAAGUUCUGCCUUGUCGGACGUUUGUCGCACGAGGUUGGAUGGCAAUACCAAGACGUCGUUGCUAAACUCGAGGCCAAGAGAAAGGUCAAGGGAGCCGCGUACUACGAGCAGAAGAAGAAGUUGGACAAACUUGCUGUCCAAGCUAAAGUCAACGCAGCUCCAAAGAUCGCCAAAUACCAGAAGAUCAUCGAGUCUCUUGGAUACAACUAA